AUGACUUCAAAUUCGUCCCAGGAGGUAAUUCAGGCGCGCCGGACAGAAUCUUUGGAUGCACCAGAGAUAUUGAAACUUGUCAGCGCCACAACAGAAAAGCUUUUUGGUCGUGUAAAUGUCGUAAAUGUUAUGUAAGUAGACUUCAAUUAAUGUGGUAGGGAUUAUAACCCAUUUAAUAAAAAUGUACCGAUGUUAUAAUUUUAUUAAGAAAAAUCUUGGUUCAAAUGUUAAUUACAGAUCAUUUCAACGUGAUAUAACAGUGAUUAUCAAAGAAAUGAUGAGCUGAAACUAUCUAUCACAUAAUUGAUUCAUGAAUCAUACAACUGACUGGAACUCUGUGCUACAGCACAAUCUAUUUUCAACAACUGGAUCUAGACUGACUCUGACUCUGGUUGAACACUAGCUUAGAGCAGACUCCCUUUAACAGAUGUCUUCAACUACCACCAUUACACAGAUGACUUAAUCAUGAAGUUUACAUAAGAAAAAAACUGAACAGAAGAAAGUUACUUAAGCGAGACCAGACAUACAUGUAGACCUUUUGACUGACAAAUAACUUUUCACUUGUCUCUAAUGAUGACUUCUGAUCUGCUGUUGUUGUGAAAAAGUCAGUCACUACACUCAAUAAUAUACUUCUCAGGAGUAUACUCUCUCAGGGUUGAUUUGACUCCAUGAUUAAAUGUUAUAUAAUCUAUAAUCUUGACCAUUAAUUUUGCAGUGAAAAAGCCAGUUUGGCUGUAACAUUGGUUAAUGCAAACAAUGAUGUCAUGGGUCAUGCAGCAUUCUUUGAUUACCCCAAUCUACCAAGUUUGGAUCCUGGGAAAUGGGAAGAAUGGUUUCAUACAAAAUAUGACUGCAAAAAGUGCAGUGUAAGUGUAUUUUGAUUCUGAAAUAGAUUUCUUGAUAAUAUUUAUUUCCUCAAACAAUUCAAGCACCCAGCUCUAAUAAGCACCUUCCCUAAAUAAGCACCUACCUAUAGGGUGUAGAGUCAAACACCCUCAAACACUCCUCCCAAAAUAAAUCCAAAAAUAAAAUUAAUUCUCCAAACUAUGGUUACAAGAACUGUAUGGCAGGCAGUAAGGAGAAUUACUAAUAAUAUCUUGGGAGGUAAAGGCAUUAUAAAAAGGUGAUCCACUACAAGCUUCUCAGUUUUCUAAUUUGUAAUCAUUGGAAAGUGGUUGUCAUCACCCUCUGUACAUAAAAUUGCUAUGUAUAUUUUUCAAUAGUUUAUCAUCCAAAUCUAUUACUACAGUCUGUAUUGUUUUCAUUCAACCAGCCUCUCAACACCCUCUUCAUGAACUACUUUGUAGCAAAGGCAGAUUUUGCAUAUGGCUGUGCAACAGAAAUUAUAAGGUAAGUUUUGAAUAAUCUGUAAAAAAGUGGGCAUAUCAACUGGAAACCAUUUGAGUUGCAAGUGUAUGCAGACUUAAUUUAGUUUUUUUUGUGUGUAUAAUAACAAAUUGUUAUCCUGAAAAUUGAUAAGCCAAGAGAGCUAUUUUCUUUGUUUACAGAACUGUUUUCAAUGCUGUUCCAGCUCUUCAUUAUAUUUUCCUCAUUGUACCAAGAGGAGUUGAGACAGGUAAUAUACUGGUUACCAGUAAAAAUUAAUUAUCAUUAUACACUUAGUCAUAUAGUCAAGGAAUUGAUUGGGUAAUAUUGCUUGAGUGCAAGAACUGCCCUUACAAGGGUAUGUCAUUCUUUUUUUUUUUAUUUGACUCUUCUAUGAAAAUGUAUAAUAUGGUUGUAAUAAUAAUAAUUUGUAAACUUAAAUAGUGUAUGCUGCAUGACAUAAUGAUUGUGUGUGCUUUGUAGAAAAUUUCUAAAAGAUAUGAUAAAACUAGCAGAGAAAAUGGGGAAAAAAACUAAAAUUGUUUAAAAAUUACAAGAAUAAAAUGCUAUGUCUUCAGGUACUAGUGACUCACACCCUAUUUCACCCUACAAUAUCAGCCCUGAAUCACACACUUAGGUCACAUGAAUAAAGGAAAGAUUACCAAGUAAAGAAGCUCUUGAUUGUUAAACAAAUUCUCCUUGUCAGCAACCUAGGAAACUUGUAGAGAACAGUAUGGAGAAUAUGCAUAUUGAUGUUUGGAUGUAAAUGGUCAAUAAAAUUAUUAAAGAUGAGAUUCAAGGUCUUAUUAACCAACAAGUAAGCCUAUGUUGCAAGUGCAAGACAUGCAUUUCUCCUCCCACGGGCAGAUUUGAUUAAAGUUGGGGAGAGGUUAACUGGUAGUUCUUGCUAAACCCCUCGCAGACAUCUUGCUGGGUUGCAUGGCUCAGGCUUCUUACUUUUCCCUGGGCAAACAAAACACUGAGCAUGUGUCAAAGUGUUAACAAUGUUAGGGUGUACUUGGAGGGUAAGGUCCUAUUGAGUAUAUGUAUAAUGUUGCAUUUCAAUAUUCUUUUCUCUUGCUUAUUUAAGGAAUACAGUUAGUUAGUUUAGAAACACUGAUUAGGAAGCAGUUUGGUCCGCACUGUUUGAUGACAUUUUUUUUUUAAUUAAGUGUAAACAGAGCUAGUAGUUUUGGUUAAUUCACACAUUUGGAUUGUUCAAUAUAUGCAAUCUUGUCCAGCCCUUAGAUCAAAGGCUGACACUGUCAUAAUUGAUGAGCUAUUGGUAAUUUAAGUGAAUUUUGUUUGAUCUUAGAACGUUAAUGACAUUUAGUAUGUUAAUCUCCAUUUUGCAGGACCAGUACUGACAGAAUUAUUUAAGCCAGUGGCAUUUAAAGAGAGUUUUUCUGGAAGAUUGAGUAUUGAAUUGCAAGUGUGUCAUCGUCAUGAUCACAGUGCGAAAUUACACAUCAGACCAGCAAGGUAAGAUGGCCUGGUUCUCCAAGUAUUGCUUGUUCAUCAUUCCAUAAAGGAACUUUGUGAUACAUGUACUUCAGGGCUCCAAGUUGGGACCAUUGCAAUCUACAUGACAAGUAGGAAAGAAUUUUGGCCACAUAAUUUGCAGUGACAAUGCAUAAGACUGGCAAUCUGUGUGUGGUAGUCAUGUAUUGAGGAAUGAUGUAACCUUUUUCAAUCAACUAUUUAUUUUAAUGGUUUGAAGUUAAAGUAAGAUUUACUGUUGCAAAUUUAAGAUGUCUGCAUUAAAUAAUAACAGUCGUUUCCUUAUUUCAGGCACUGUGUACCAGUAUAUAUCUAUGCAUGCAAAUUGUGCAUUUCCUUCCAGCCAUGGUGACAUGUAUAAAAUUGACACUGCACACAGUAACUCAGCUCAUGUUUCCAUCACUCAACACACCUUUGAAAAAAUCUUUUCCUUGCAGGGUUGAGGAUCAUGAUGAUCUUACACCAAUUUUUAAUCGACAAAGUGAUGUCCUCACAUCUACAUAUGGUAUGUCUCCUUUUUUAAGGGUUAAAUAACUUGAUUAGGGUCCUGUUCAAAUAAUGUCAGAAGAAAUGUGCAUAUAACUUCCAGCUACUCUAUUUUUUUUUUUUUUUUUUGGGGGGUUAGAAUUACAUCUUAAUCAACACACCCCCUCUUCAAUUGCAAUUUCAACCUCCCCCCCUCCAAAAAAAAGGAAAAAAAACAUCCAGUUGGGAAGAGAUAUACAAUGCAAGGCUCAAAUUUGAUAGACUGAUUGUUAUUUUUUUCCUUCAGGUGACUUUUUCCUGGCAGAGCUUAUAGAGGCUCAGGAUGAAGACAAUAAAUGCGUUGUUGCUGAUGUAAGUUGAUAGAUUAGCACAGAGGAGUCUCUAACCCAUAAUAUGAUACCUAACCCAAGAUCACUCUAUAAGUUCUUCACACAUUCUCUGUAUAUUUCCCAUGGCUACUGACAAGAACUAAUCUGUAGUUACUCCUUGUGGUUUAUUCAAAUUUACCUUUGUCACAAGUAUCUUGCUCUUUGAGCUUGUUUCUGUCACUUUUAUUAAGAAAGACAAAUGCUUCAAGAUGGGAUGAAGCAUGCUUAAAGGAAAGUGAAGUGUUUGAAACUUGGUGUGAUUAACUGUAGAUGCAUCCUAUAGCUCUUGGGGAAGAAAUUUAUGACCUAAAGUACUUUUUGUAACUUCUCUGGUUGGAACAUUCCCUGAAGUACCCUACUCAUUUUUCUAUUUAGACUAAUCACCUCAUGAACUGAUGACACUGUAUUUCUUAGAAUGAUAGAUAAUGAUAGAUAAUGUGAUAUUUAAAGAAAACGAACAAUUUUUUCAGGGGUUCUUACUUAGUUAAAAAAAAUUAUCUUAAGCUUCCAUUAUCCUGUUAUGAUUCUUAAGGUGAAGGGCACUGCUGUUGGUUUUAUGAGCGUCUGUUCAAAAGUUGAUGUAGAGUUACUGAGCAGCUGUUUUGACUUAAAGCCAUUUAACGGGUUGCAAAAACUACAAGGUCAAACACCAGGUACAUUAGCCAUUAAUUUGUCAAUUAAAAUCUUUGCAUAGACUGUAAGUAAUACAUGCUCUUAUCCUUUCGAUUUCUUUGCUGCUAAGCGUAACUUCGGAGGGAAUACACGAAUAAAUUAUUUGAAUGAAUAGCAUUCGUUGAUACAUGUAUCUUGAGGAUCGAUGUAGAACGGCGAGUUAAAGAUAAUAUUUUGUUCAAGAGGUUCUAGAGGGGAAAGACCGCUUUCCGCUAUUUCACUACUGUGUUUUUCACGUUGCCAGCUCUAGAACUUUCUUACGGUGAUCAAUUCACAUUAUUAACUUCGUUGAUAAAACCAAAGCACAUUUAUAUGUUAACUAUCGCAUUCGCUGUGUUGGAAAAAUAGAAGAGAAAUCAGACCAUGUAUAACCAAAUUUUAUGACAGAACUAGAAACAAAAAGGUUUUUAAAACUGCUUAAUUUUGAAAUAUCUUAUCCAAGUUAUGUUCGGUCAGAUUGUUACAGUGUCCGAACAAAAGAAGAUUUGAGUGGAUAUAUGUACCGUGAAGGGGAAAUUUUAUUUUCUGCUCUGAGGCGAUUUUUUCUUUAUCAGUUUGAAUCCUUGAAUGGUAAUCACCCACGUUCAUUUUUUGUUAUGAACAGCACUAGGUCCUGAAAAGGCACCAAGUCCUGAAAGAGAACCAAGAGUCACACCGUCAGACGAACAGGUACAAAGAACAUCGCCAUUAGAAGAACGGACAGAAACGUAAGUAAUCAAGCGAGUGAUAAUGAUUUAGAAAGGUUACUAGAUUGUUGUUCUUUUUUCUUUUAAAUAACUGUAUGAGGUGCAUCCGAGAAUUGAAUUUUUCCCUCGAAAUUGCGGUUCAGGAUCCUCAAAGAGGACUACGUCUAAGAGUGUCUCGAAACUUGAUUAUCAAAACUAAAAUUUGGAAACUCGAUUCGUGAAACACUAAAUCUUUAUUCUCGAUUCUCGAAAGGCUACAUUGGAGCGAUUCGGUAACUUUCUUCAAUAGACUUCUGUUAAAUGUAGUAACUGCUAGAGGUGGUCUUGACCUACAUACUUAUAGACAGAGCAUUUCAACUACUUUUACCACCGGCUAUGAGUGAGCUGUUUUGAUUUUGACUUCUAUUUAUCAUAUCUUCUUCUAUAUUUGUCAUGAACCUGAUUCAUUACUAAAUGAUCAAUUUUUACUGUUUUGUACGUGAGCUAUGGUUAUCUUAGACUUCAUAUCUCUUGAGCACUGACUUAUGCAACAGGGUGUUACUGCACCUAAGACUGAGGUACUUAUGCGCCUUACAUAGAGAAUAAUACAUGGGUACAUGUUGAAUGAAAUAUUUUCUUCGAGAGUUGAACUAGAUGUCUAACGAGAGAGAUGCAGAGUCGGACACGAGAAGAGAGAUUCCAUAUCUACUAGGAACCGUGUAUAAUUUUUUUUUAUUAUAUAAAACGCAAUAGGCCUUUACUAACGAGAAAAGUCGACUUUAUUAAUAUAUGAAAAUGGUGAACGCUUUGCCAUUCAUUCAUUAACCUGACCUGGAGUCGCGAAAGGCGAGUGACGAGUCAGCAGCUGAUUGAUGAUGUCAAACUGCGACAGCUUUCCUCAGGGCUGGAAAUCCUUGUAAAACGGCACAGUUUAUUUAACAGAUGAACGUAUUUUUUGUAGACCAAAAGACUCAGCAAAGCAGGAUAAAGUUGAAGAACAAGUGCCGGCUCACUCUGCCAGCCUCUCCAGAGUAAGUACUGACUUAUUAAAAGCAACCUGCAAAUUUCUGAUCUUAGCAGUAUGCAGGAUAUGCGUGUCACAUAUGAACCUACUCACGGCUUAAAGCUCGGUGGUAGAGCAUCAGGGCGCGGUAUCCGAAGGUCUGGGUUCGAUAUUUCAAACACAGCCAGGGGAUCAAUUUUGACCUCCCGCGCGCCAGCUUCCCGCCAAAUAUUUCAAAGGAACUCUGCUGAUUUUUCGUUGGGGAUUCGGUUUUCUUCCUUGCCGUAGCUCACGACUGAAGGAGUAACAUCUUUCUCCACUUCUUGAGACCUAAAAAUUAUCUUAAAUUUACGUUUCAUUUUUUUUAGGCAUCAAAGGGUGCAACCGAUGGAGAACCGAGUGCAUUUUGCAUCCAACUCUUUUGCAUCGACGAAAAAUACGAGACGAGGUCAGUAACAAAAAGAAUUACAUAUUUUCUCCUUCGGUGUAUCUGAUGUUACCGUAUUUACUUGAUUAAAAUCUCAAGUGUUUCUGUUGAGGUCUUUGUUAAAGGAAGGGUUGUAUUUCAUUGAAGAAAUGUAAAAUGGUUUCCGUGUUUACAUAGCCUGAUGUAAACACGCGGGAGGUUGGGAGAACACGAGAUAAGCGUAGGAAACCAACUAAUGAAAGAGAAACGAAAACCUUCUUUACAUACGCUCGUGUGAAAUGGUUUUAUGGCCAAUCAGAGCGCGCGUACUAUUUGAAUUAUUUUAUAAAAAUACUUCUUCAACAAUUGACGGCACUGAUGGUAAAUCUCUUUUGUAAAACAGGAACUUUUUCAGUUCCAAUAUCUCCCUUUCUUAAUAUUGGUUUCCAAGGAUGAAGUAUAAUGCCGACUUUUACCCUUCUAGUCAUUUUACAUAUGUGUUUUAACCUUUAAGUCUCAAUAUCUGAUAACAAAUUUUCCUCUUUAGCUGCUACACAUUUCCUUGUAAAUAUGUUACCAGAAUUUGGUGUAUGAUCAGGAUAACAACUUUUACCUGAUAAGUUUGAGUCUUCUCGUUACCUAUUUGCUGGAUAUUGUACGGAUUUGAUAAGGGGAAAUUACAUGUUAAUUACUUCUGGGAGUUAAAAGGCUAAAAGCUGCAUUCUUCGCAGAGGGUACAGCGUUUAUGGUAGGGCGGCGUUCAUUGGUAAUUUUGCUUCUACAACAGCGUUUAACGGCGGCGUGUAAUCGAGUAAUACGCUAUCCUCUGCUGUUAAACAUUAGCUUAGCGUAUCCCUUUUUCACUUGAUUGUAUUAAAACAUAGUUGUUUAUUCUUUUAGGUCUAUAGAUUUCCUUCCAGCGGUGUUUGACCUAUUUCCAGUAAGUACCAAAUGCUUACUUUAGUAUUUGUGGUAAAUAGAGUGUUGUAGAGCGCCGGACAGGGUUCAACUGAGUUCAAGCCCCAGACCGGACUUACACUCAGGGAUUUAAAAUAACUGAGGAGAAUGUGGUGCCUGUGCUAGGACAUCUGCAAAUAGUCAGACGUUCUAGUGCUCUCAGAUAAGGACGAUAAACCGCAGGCCCCGUUUCUUGCAUCUUCUCUGUACUGCUUUAUGGCAGGGAACGUCAAAGAAUCCACGCACUUUUCUCAAAAAGGACUGAACGUGGCUCCCGGUGUUGUGGUCUGGCCAUGUUGUUGUUUAUACAGGCCACUAAAUAAACAGCCGAGCUCUGAAGCUGAACAUAGAAACUUUAGUAACGCAGAGAGGAAGGAUUUUAGUGGUUUAUCUUAUUGCGUUGACCAAUGAACCGCUAUUUGUUAUUGUUACUAUUAUUAUUUUUUUUUUUAACAGGAAAAAGACUACUGCAUUUUAACAAUGCCUCAUCUUGUACCAGAGUUCCCUCUUCUUCAGUCUUUUGUGGUACGUAUUCGUUGCAGUGUAUUGCCCAGUUUUAUUGUCCUGUCUAAUUGUAAGCACAUGCAGUACUUUUCAUCAAGAGAUGCUCAUCCACAUGAUCAUGUUUUUCCUUCAUAAUUCACGCUAAAGUCACCAGUUCCUUUAUUUCAGAGGGUUACUCCAAGAAAAUACAGCACAUUAUCUCAAGAGCUUUACGUGUUUCAUCGAUGGGGUCUCAUUGAGUAAGUUCCAAGUUUUUGUACUUAACCAGAUUUUCCAAUUCUUUUUUGGAAUUUCAAGUUCAGGCUUAGCUUACGAUGGGAAAUCAACGAAAAUUUCCCAAAUAUUGCGUUUUAGACUUAUUUAUUUAUAUCGUUUGAACAGGUAUCUCGGAAACUCAUGGUCAGAUUUUUCUUGUCAGUUCCUUGAGUAAAACAUUUCGAACUACAAUUAUUUUUCCCUUUGCCCCUGGUGUGUUAGUGUUCACGCGCGCUGCACGUGAUCUUGUAAUUCGGCCAAUCAUGCCCACAGACCUUGUGCUUGAAUCUGAAGCCUACCUGAACACUUGGUUUGCUAUCUCAAACUUGUCGCUUGUUUUUUGUUUGGAUUUUAUGGCUUUUUUAAGACUUCCCUUACAGCCGAAUGUUGUACUUGAUUUGUUUUAUUCGUUACACCCGAGUCGACGGAGAUUAGGCUCUAGUCUCGUGAUCCAUACAUGAUGUUUUGUCGUUGUCAACAUCUCGUUGUUCAAUAUUAUUUUCAUUUAGAAUUGUGUUUUUACUAUUUGUGCUUUUUCUUCUGGAAGAUCGUUUCAAGUGAGUCCCUGUACCUCGGCUGACACUGAAGGAAUCCAAUCUGUUGUCUCACAACUGAAUGGCGCAGAUAUCAUAAUGCAGUGAGUACAUCCACCAAAAAAUGUUGCAAAAAUAUCGCAAGUUUACACAGAGGUUUCAAUUAAGGCGAGGCAACAGCAUUUUACCGCUAUCCAUAGGACCUCUAACCACCGUCGGUUGAGCACUCGUGCAAGUUUUCGUGCCUGGGUUGCGCCUUAGGGCACAGCGACCUUUUGCACCAUCGACAGCCACCAAAGGAAAACAUUAUUGAAAGCGCUGUGAACAACAAUGUCAUUUUGCAACACGAUUCUCAGUGCUCAUGAUAUUGAUUGCUGUCUCUAUGUUUUUAUUGCAGAGAUGUUCAGCAAUACAAUAAUGAUAGGAGAGACCCGGUGGGUUUUUAUAGUAGAUAAACGUAUAAAUUUUAUGUUAUUAUAUUAUUGCAUGCUAAUCUGAUAUCAAUUUAUUUCAUUUUCGCGCCCUCGAUCCUCAUUAUCUCUCGACGUCUUGGACCACUACUGUUGACAAGAAGAACAUCUGAAUCAUAUCAUAGUAACUAAAUUUAUAAAUUAAGCAUUGGUUGUCCUCUUUUGUCUCAGCAAUUGUUGCAUUUUUUAUCUCGAUGUACACAUUCGUGUAUCUUGUAACGCAUUUAUUCAAAUGAGCGUCGCUCAACGAGUUUGCUAAAAUCUCUUAGAGGCACCUCAUGAGUCUUUUGGACGAGACGAAACGUGGCAUCAUACCAACCUUGGACUAUUUUUCAGAAAUAGUUGAUAAUUUCUAUUUUGUGAAUGCACCUCUCUUUUUGCUGUUUUUCUGGGAUCCCAAUGCCGUUACCAGACUCCACUUUUCUGGUGAGGGUUAAGUCCAAUGUUGUAUUGUUAACAAUAUGUCUCAUUUUUAUAUGAUUAAAGGAUGGUACUGAAAUUCAGUGCUUUGUCGCUAAGAGUUUGGAUCAAGUUGUCGGCGUCGCCCUCCUUAGACGAGAAGAGGUAUUCUUUUUUUUGUUUUGUUCUUUUCUUCUGUUGAGUUUUAUGUGAAGCAAAGAGCUUCGGCUCUGCAAUUUUGACCACUUCCGUUAUUCAGCCGUUCUUUGUCAUGUAUUGUUUAAACCUUCACAUUCGUCUUCUUUCUGCUCCUUUGUAGGAUAUAGAAUAUAUCCGCUCUCAUUUCAACAUUGAAGAUUUUAUUUACUUCAAUCAUCAUAAAAGAGAUGAACAUGGCCGUCUGUUCCAUUUUGCUCUCAAUCCUGUAUUUCAGCAAUAUUCCAAACACUUUCUAAAGGUAGGUUGUACACUGAAAGUUAAAGCUUCAAUAGCUCAUCACUGGUGAUGCGGGUGUGUCUUCUGACAAUCACGUUUGACCAUUACAUGUUUCUCUCCUUGUAGGAAGUGCUAAGACUGGCCCACAAAUCUUGCCUGUAUUACCCAGUCUGCCCAAGAUACACAGAAACAAAACCAGUAAGUUAGCAUCAAUCUCAGAUUUGUAGUACAAACACUAUUUAUGUCAAAUAGUUUUGCGCGCGCACGAUUCAUAUUAUUGUUACAUGUGGCUUAAAAUAAACCCUCGCUAAAACUGGGAAAUAUCUGGUAAUAUUCUUCAAAUGAUUUUCCUCAAUUUCAAAGGCAUGCCACCAAAUUCACGAAAAAUCUCGUUUGAAGUUCAAUUUAAGAUGGAGAAGUGUUUUGCGGUCAAAUCUAUCGUUUACAAAAUCAUAGGUGAGAAAUCUAACAAGUCAGCUUCCACGUAGUAAAUUUAUUCGACACCGAGCUCUUUUGCAAAAUUUUUUCCCGCGCGCUUAAAAAAAAAUCUGAGAAGGAUAAUUACCGCCGUAGUCUUUACUGGCCUCUAAAUUCCACGAAGCUUACAGUUUUCCUCUACCUUCUUUUCUGGGAAAAAUGUUCACUUCUCAGAGCACAACGUCCGCGGAAAAAUAGCUCGGCAUGUUUUCGCGUCAAAGGAAAACGUAUAUAAAUUGUAAACAUAAUAUUUCCUUACAGCUCUUAUUCCAGAUCUUCAACCAAAUUCAGGCUGUUUAUGUUUGUUUUCAGGGCUCCAAACCCCAUACGACUGUGACGGCGCUUAAUGACUUGGUACCAAUCAGGUGUGUAACGGAACGUCCUCAUAACAUUGAAAAACGCUACGAAAACUGCUUCUAGCGGAAGUUUGACUGUAUCAAAUGUUCAGGCGUAAUUAUUCCUCCAUGUUCCUGCUAAUGAUGUUAAAAAUGUCUUGCUACAGAGCUCGUCGUCAAAUUAUAUACCCAUUGGAUCAACUGGGCGGAAAUGCUCCCUCAGAAAGAAUCUUAGCAAAUAAGGUAACUUAAUUUCUUUUUGAUGAAGGUAGUUGUAUCGUGAAUGGUUUAGAGCCCAAUAUGCAGAAUGAACCAAUAAGAAACAAGGGCAAACGCACAUUACUGACAUUAAGCGCGGGAAAACGCGUGUGACCAAAUGCCGGUUGGUUUUAUUUCUACAGUUGAUUGGUUAGUCCUCGUUAUUUCAACUAAUCAUAGACCGUGAAUACAUCACCCCGUGAUUAAUUUCACACCUAACAUGGGUCAUGUUGCGCGCGAAAGUAACCAAAUCGCAGUUCGCUUUGUUCUUGUAGCCCACUGAUUUAGGAGGCAGCGCUAGCUAUUUCAAACAAUCUCAGUGGGUUGUGAGGUAAACCAAAAUCAAUUCAUGGUGUCGUCUUUCAGUCCUAAUUUCGUUCUUAUAUAAGUCGAGUAAUUGACUAGGUUUUAGUUGUGUCAUGCGCUACUCGUGGUCUUUACAACCAUUAGGAUUUAGAAACAGAGCCACAUUACUUCUUCUAUUUCUCUUUUCCCCUUUUCUUUUGGAGCAGUGGAAGAUGUGGAUCCCUGGCAACUUAUUUUCAUUUUUAAUUUUUCAUUUUUUUUUUCAGGAACCCUUUGCUUUGACUCAUUUGAACAGAAAAUUGACUUUAGAACCAAAGGUUUGUUUGUCUCAUUUUAGUGAUCUUUACACCUCGUAGGUUACUAUGUGGGAUGCCUGUGGCAGACCGCGUUAACAUUCGCUUGAGUGUCGUUGCAAGAUAUGGACAUUAGCCACGUGCUUGUGCUUCUCGCUGAUGUUGCUACCUGGAUGGGUGACCGCACGUAAUAUCCCGGGUUGUUGACUUGUCUUUUCUUGUCUUCGUUUUUCGAUUUCAUUCCCGGUAUUAUCCACGUUAUUUUCCAGGUAAAACCAGAGUAACUGUAGAUGACGACCAACGUAUCCCACUUUAACACCUCCAGUCGUCUUGUUUACAUAUACAUGUACCAUCCGUAACUUGCCAUGACAAUUUCUUUUCGAUUUAAUUGUUUAACAGGUUACCAUUAAUGCUCGGAUUGUUGUGGUUGGAGCUUCAGAUGUGGGGAUAUCUUUCCUUGAAACCCUCUUGUUUUGGUGAGUUUGCCUUUCUGUAGUUUUUCACAAAGUUCGUAGUAAAAUGAAUGAUCGACGUCAAGGGCGGCGUGAAUUUUCUAUACCAAAGCGAAGGAGAGCAAACUAACUAAUUUCAACGGUGUUGAAAAUUGAUAGAAGUUUGACCUACAUACUUUAGAGAAUUCAGCGAGCGAUUGAUUCUAGUCAGGCUAGUUUCCUCACAUGGAAAGUGAGACACGGAUUAAAAUAUUUAGUAACAGGUUACCGUGUAACUCAGGCCCCAGCCUGAUAGUGAUUUAUCCGUUGGAUAGCAUUAUUCGACCUUUAUACAACUGGGCCCUGGAUGGUUACUAUAUACUUCUCUUUUCUGUUUUAGCCCGCAUCUUCGUUUCAACAAUUUAACGCUAGUAUCCACACAUGGCUUGCCCGGCCAGCUUCCUCCAGACGAACUGCGUUCAAAGUGCCUUCCUUCCAGGUAUUGAACUCAUCUGUGCAGUGUGUUUUUCUUUUCUUCCCUGUUAUCUGCUAGUGGUUUCUUAUGUGAAAAUUCCUUUACAGUUCUCUUUGAAAUUAAACCCGUUACAGCGAGCGCUUCACUAUAGCCUGGUGUCUAACGCAUUGUUUCAUCUAAAGGUCUGAGUUAUAUUUCAAGCCAGAACAAUCAUGUUUUUGGAACUGUUAUUAUUAUUGUCCAUAAAUUUCGCUUAGGUUUAGAUCCGCGGAGAUCAGUCUUGAGCAGAGGCGACUAAGAAACUCGACCCUAGACUUUCAGAUUUCCUUGAUCGGAACACAGUUUGUCAUUAUGAGUUUGUUUACUUUUGCCUUCCUUAGUCUUUGUUAUUCUCAAGACGAUUUCACUCACAUGGCAUUGGAAACCUGGAUCAAGGUUGUUGAGGGCAAAGUCAUGGCACUUGACAGGUAAUUCUCCUUACUAUCUGCCAUACGAUUUAUAUGAUGUUAGUUCAGAGAAUUUGGUAUUGGAUCAGCUGAUAAUCUCCUUGUUGAUAUUUUUCUUUAUUCUUAUCACUUGUCUGCUUGAUAUUGUAUUGAUAUUGUAGGGGGAAAUUCUGUCUCGGUCACUCAUUUAAACUCACUUGGUGAGGAAGGUCCUUGCGUCUCAAGAAGAUGUAUUUUGAGGUCCUUCCUUCGUUACACUGGAAAGCUAUUCAUUAUAACCUCGUACCUAGUUGCGUUAACAGAAUUAUAAAACACAAGUGCAUGUAAACAGGAUAGAUUAGUUUGCAGUUAAACUGACGUCGCCGUUUCGUUUCGGUUGAGGCAAUUUAUCUUUUGCCCUGAAUGCCAACGGGCAUUUCAUUAAAACAAUAAUGUGGUUAGAAAUCUCCCUGCGAUAAAUUUACAACUUCAAUAAAUUCCCGAUGGGACUUGACGCGCUAUGCUUUCUAAAGCAUCCCAACGCGAAAUCGCAACUCUCUGUGCUAGAAUCCUCACAAAUUGUUUUUCUUUUUUUGUUUUGGGUCUGUUUUAUUGUUAUCUACAGAACGAACAAGGUCGUCAAAGUGAGCGAAGGAGCAUUCAUUCCUUAUGAUUACCUUAUUCUGUGCACUGGUCAGCAGUUUCAAGUCCCUGUACCUACUGGCGCUGAUAUCUCCACUUUAGUCACUACCAGUGAGGUGACAAUACCUCAAGUAUCACGAUACACGGGCCCCCUGCCAUCGUCAGUGUUCACUGUUAAUACAGAAAAAGACUGUGAGAACGUGUUGAGCUUUAUCCGGGGGGAGUUUCUUACAGGUGAAGGUAAGCCGUACGUGUUAAAGUUAAAUGGUUACUUUUUAGUUUCUGAUAAGAGAUGAGGUCAGGUGGUUUAUUUAGGAGAAAAGGAUAACUUUUUUCGAGGGGAUGCCUUUUAUGACAGAGCCAGUGGUAAAUACAAUAUGUUAAACGAUCUCAGUAGUGGCGAAAGAGGCAUCUCUCCGUGUAACAUUUACAAAACCACAUUUCAGACCUCAAUUUGAUCAUAUGCAACUUUGGUCACCAAUGUAUGCAUGUGUUAUUUGAAUCAUAUUUAAGAAAUGUGGAAAUUUGUUUGAUACACCUCUCUCCUAACAAUUCCAACAAGUCGUGUCCGUUGGUCGGAGCACCCAAUAAGUAUUUGGGAAGCCUGGUUUCGAACAUGACGGAGCCUUAUCUGUUUAGGCCUCUUUUGUUGCAAUUUUUUCAAUUGCGGUCAACCUGGGAAUAAUUCGCCAUUCGUUAUCAUCCACAGGUCCAAAUAUGUUUGAAGCAAUUUUCAUUUGAAUGCCGAAAGCAAAUAGGGCUUGCUAUGGUUUUUUCUUUACUUCGCACGGUGAUUGGUUCAAAAACUCUCGCGCCACUUUCUCGACCAAUCAGUUUCAAAACUAAAACCAAUCACGUCUUGGUCACGCGUUUUCCCGCCUUAAUGCUCCUUGUGAUAUUUUUUCUUUGAUCUGAUUGGCUGAUGUGAUUACGUUGGUUUUGGUUUUGCGACACCCGAUCAAAGAGCGCUCUUUUUCACUUAUUUGUAAAUUAGCAGUUUUGUUUUGUUUUGUUUUUAAGGAAAAGCCCUUGUGUACGGAAACACCCUGGAUGCUUUCGUCAUGGUGCAAACCCUUCUAGCGGCUGGACUCCCUGGAUCACGUGUUGUGCUCGUUCAGCCCCCAGUCUCGUUACUAACCUGUUUUAAUAACCCGUUUAUCGAUGAUGCGGUUUCUGCAGCACUACAUGAAUGUGGUAAGAUUCCCUAACACACAUCAAUGUGCAUGGUAAUAGUGGCAAUCUUUUGUCCAAUCUUUUCAGUUUUUUAUUAUGUUUUGUUCGUUUGUUUUAAUGGUUUUUGCUAACGUACACGAUUUAAUUCUAACAUUUUUGGUACAAUGAAAGCUUAACCCUUCAACUCCCAGCAGUGACCAAGACAUACUUUCUCCUUACAAUAUCAGUAUUUUAUCAAGAAGGCCAGUGAUGAAAAUAGAGAGAAAUAUCAGAGGAUUAUCAGUUAAUCCAAUACUUAAGUUUCAAACUUAUAGGCAACGUAAAGAAGACAGUGAGGCGAAUUUCUAAAUAGAUCUUGGGAGUGGAAGAGUUCGAGAAGUAAAUAUUCAUUUUGUUUUUUCGUAGAAAAGGAAGGAAACUCUUGUAGUUUAGUUAAAUUUUAUCAGGACCUUCCACUUGAGUCCGUUUAUGGAUUGUACAAAAUAUUGCCACCUGGAAUAGUUUAGUACAUCACCGAAAAUUUUCAAAAAAUUCUGUGAAUCUGCAACUUUCGUUGACGUUAUUUCUCUACUCUUUUCUUCCAUACAUAUUAUUCUUUUAGAAUCGUUUUCCGUUUAAGAAACGUUUUUAUUCCAUAAUCGUAACAUUUUGCCCUGAAAAACAGUAGAGUUUAGCUACCCUAUUGCUAAAUUCAAAUUGAUUUUUAUGCUUGUUUACUUAUCAUAAUUUUAAAUAUAUUCGCUUAGGCACCGCAUGAUCCCUUACUUGGUUGAAGAUCAUUAUAAACUUUAUGGGAACCGGUUUUAUUUUUUUCAUUAUUGUUCCUAAAGGAGUGGCGUGUCAUGUCGGCUUCACACUCGCCCAGUGGAAUGACGGGAAAGUCGACCAGCCUCUGUCACGUGCUACGUUUACGUCAGAAAACAAACCACUCAGUGUUGACUGUGAGGUGAGCUAACUUGAGACGAUGAUAAAGAGAGGAAUCUUUGCACAAAUUUCCACCGUUCCUUAGUUAUGAACGUACGAAAAACAGAUAAUGCACUUCACCUACAUGAAAAGGUUGCGCUUGGCAGAUGAUAUACAGAACACUUUUCGCGUGAUAAAUACGUGGCUGACUUCUUUGUGUCGUCUUCAGUGCAUGCGCGAUGUAUAUUGAGUGGUUGUUACCACAGUGUAUCGUCCUUUCUCGCAGAUUUCGAGCGGGCCUGGGUAACUACGAUAAGAUGGUCUAAAACAAAACCUGUCAUUCUUAUCCUAUGCAUUCUCGUUCCUUCUUAGUGUAUUCUUCCAAUUUAGUGUUUUUCUCUUAUCCUACGAUUUGUGCUGUUAAGCUAAAUGUAAUUUAGCAGGUCAACUAAAAAAAUUUCGCGACCUUCCAAUAUAUUUACUUCAAUUUUCCAGGCGUUCUUUUGCUUCCAAUCCAAGAAGGUUGACCACGACGCUUUUAAAGGUAAUUUUUUUUUGUUGUUGCUAUUUUCUGUUUAGUGAUCAAGUAGUUUUUUCAUGCAUUCAUUUGUCCAUUCAUUUCAGCCAUUAAUGACAGCUGUCUUGUGUUUGACGGAAGAUUAGUCAUCGACGCAGAUUUCCACACAAAUGACCCAUGCAUUAGGGCUGCAGGACCACUAACGAAAUUCCAGCGGAGAUACCAUGCAGAAUCUUGGUAAUGUAUCAUACUUAUCAUAAUAAGUUGUCUAUGGUUGUCAUAAUUAUCGGUCGUUGUGGUGGCCCGCCUAGAAUGACGGAUUACACUGCAGUCAGAUGUACGUCAACGGGAGAUUACGGAAGUUUAACAUUUAAAGACCCGUAUAUCAGCUUCCAUAUUCUCCAUAUUGUUAUACAUACAUUUCUUAAGGUGUUGACAAGAAGAAUUUGUUUAGCAAUCAAGAGCGUCUUGAGUUGGCGAUCACCUUUUAUUUUUGUAACCUGGAUGUGUGAUUCAGGUGUGAUGUUGGAAAAAGAAAUCAGAUGUUCGUCACCCUCAGGGAGCAAAGUGCUUGGUCAUUAAGUCUUAGGUAACUCGCUUUGGAAGCUGGUAGAUGAAAGUGAAGCAGUGUAUGCUGUGUAAACACCUUUUGAUUUCCAAUCUGUAUACAUGUUUUUCUACAUGCAUUCUUCAACAUUUUUCUCGUUCUCUUUUCAUUUUUAGGACUCAUGGAAACUUCAACUCCAAGGAGGUAGGUGAAGAACUGGCGCAGUCUUUGUUAACAUUGUUUGAUCCCACCCUUGACGCCAUGCUUCUCGACACGGAGACCCCACGAGAGCAGCAUUUACUGAUACCAAUAUACACCAAACCGAAGACAGUCUCUGCUAUGUUACCAGGUGAGACGACUUCCAUGCUAGAGAAAAUUCAGCGCACAAUUGGGUUAAUUUGCAUCGCUGCACUUUUUGAUUCUCGCGCGAAACUCUCAAGAAAUCAGAAGAGAAUAAAAAUAACAGUUAACAAAUGAGUGACGAGCAUUAUAGACCAGCACUAGUUUAGACUAGUUUAGACUAGACUAGUUUAAUGUUGUAAUUUGAGAUUGCUUUGACUCUACUUUACGUCGUUCUGUGAAGCUAGCGCAGGCUCCCAACCACUCUGUCACUCUCAUUUUCCUGCGUGUUAUCUCUUUGAUGUAGAGUUUUCUCGUGACUCCCAACAAGCUCCUUAAGCGUAAGUGGGAAAAUCUUCGACUUUAGAGCCGAGAAAGUUUUUUUUUCGCUUUAAACUACCCUUCAAGACAAUUAAUUUGAUUUUAUUAACUGACGAAGGACUAACGCUUGGAACGUCAGCUUUAGAAACUCUUUACGGUGGUAAAUUUACAUUAUUGACUCAGAUGAUGAAACCAAAUUAUCUCGUAAUACCCCAAACCGACGUAGCACCACAUUUUCUUUAGAAAUUUACCUCCUUUCUCUUUCGAGAAUGUCCUUUAAUUUGGGGUAUUUCGGACGUUUAUUUGAACAACCAAAAUUUAGGACGCGUAUAGCAUUUGGUGCUUGAGGGGAAAUCUUCAAGUAAAGUACAGUUAAACCAUUUAACACUAUGGAAUCUGAUCAUAAAUUGGCUUAUGAAAGAGUACGCGCGCCUUCAAAAGAAGAGACUUUCAAAUAAUGAACUUAACAAUUCAUGUAUUGCAGGGGGAUAUAAUUACUUGCAAGUCGGUAAACCAAGCUUGAAUAUUCCAUUAGACGCUCAUAUGGUACAGCCUGAAUAUGUAAGUAGGGAGGAUUUGUCAUAGAAAAUAUUGAUUUUCAUUGUAGUUCUGUAGCUUAAUGAACGUUUGAUGGUCAGGCUAUUCGGAUCGUAUUGAUCAUGACAUUUCGACUGCUAUACUGCUAGCUUUCGUCAGGCAACGAGGUCGAAAGUUCACGUGUCGCUAUUUAUAGUACCUUUGUUUGCUGUUUAUAAUGUGUUUUUGCGCGCUGUCAUUGGUGUAUUUCGAUCCUCAUUAUUAUUACUGCCCCUUGUUAGAAAGGUGAGAUGGAAAGUUUAUUUUAAAAGGUAUAUAGCAUACACAUGAAAAUAUAUCAUUUUCAUCUCUGCCAUCAAAGAAUGUGUGGGAGGUUGUAAUACCAAGCGGGUUUGGAUGCGGCCAUUUUGAAUCUUGCUGAGCAACCCGGCCGCUGCAUGGCAUAUGAAUUCUUGAUUCGAAAAAAAGUUCAUUUUCCUUUCUUACAGGGCAGGGAACUUAUCACCGGUAAGGACCAUGAGCAAGGCUACUUCCGCUUGCACGUGAAUCAGCAUCGCUCCAUAGAGACAAUUACGUGCUGCACUCGACAGGUUAGUGAGACCAUCACGUAUUUAGUUGUGAAGUGCGCGUGUUUCUUCCAAGGCGGUGAGAAAUUGGUGGUUUACAGUUCUUCUCAUGAAACCAAAAUGUGAGCAUCUUAACUUCAAACACUCGGAAUCUCUCUAAUUACUCCUCUAUUCUAACUUUACACUUUUAAAUUUUUCGUUUUAGAACUUUUAAGGUGGCCUUGUUUAAAGUGAAGACGCCAUCCUGCCAUCUUGUCUCAUUCUGUACCUUUUUUCUUGUGUUAUAGGGGCUUGAUACAAGUAACCUUGUGUGUUUGUAUGCCCUGCAUGAGCGAUACCUGAACAAUUUGUUGCAAAGAUUCGACGAAGGGCUCAUAGAUGAUUUCUACAGGUACAAAAACGAAGAGUUUUCGUUUUCUUACUUUGGGGUUUGUAUUGUUGUGACAUAUAGACCAAUGAAUGGACGGACAUAAAGUUAAGUAGGCAGGCGGGUAUAAGUAGACAUAAACAGACAGGCAGACGGUCGGACAGACGAGCAGACGAAUAGACAGAUAGAUAGACGACAGAUUGACAGACAGACUUAAAAGGAAAAAACACAUGAUUAUAGUGAGUUGGUUUUUAAAGAUACUGUGGUAUCACAGAUAAGUUGGUUUCAUCAAUUGAGUCGUUAUUGUAAGUUGGCCACCGUACAAAGUUUAUAAACCUGGUGUCGAGCGUUAGCCCUUCUUCAGAGUGAAAGACAGUCAGAUAGAUAGACAUGCAGACAUACAGAGAGACAGAUAGACAAACAGACGCAGACAGACUGACUGACAGACUGACAGACGGACUGUUAGCCAGACAGAGAGAGACAGAUUUCCAAACAAAUACAUAGACAUUCAGACAGAUAGGUGAGUAGAUAUACAGACAGACAGAUAGACAGAAAGACAGACAAAAAAAACAGACAGAUUGACAGACAGACUGACCGAUAGACAGACGGACAGACAGACCAACAGACAGAUAGACAUAUCAGCUGGCAGGCUUCAGCUAGGCUUGAUUGAAAACCGGAAAGACAUUCAGGAAUGUUGUUAAUGUACAAUUAGUUUGGAAAACACUACUGACAUUGGUAUAUCCAAAUUAUGACUUGUCAUCGCUUUCAAGUCCUUAAACGUUUCUUUGUGCAUAUUUUAGCUUUUUCCGAGAGUCCUGGUGCCUUGCCGUUUUCCACGAUAGAUUCAAAGAUUUCAGGGAUGAGAUAAGAGAACUUCUUGUAGCAAAACCUGUAAGUAAAAUGUUGGAAAUUAUUUUGAGCCAUAAUCUAUAGAGCCAAAACCAGAGUGGUCACAACCACCAAUCAGAACAUCGGUUUACAUUAUCAUUAACCAAUCAGAACAACGGCUUACAUCGUCAUUAACCAAUGAGAACUCAAAGUAAAAAACAGAAAACCUACUUGAAGCGCGGGAAAACGCGAGUGACCAAGUUGAGAUUGGUUUUACUUUUACAUUUGAUUGGUUAAGAUGGCGGCGCGAGAUUUCUGGACCAAUCACUGAGUGAAGCAAAGCAAAGCAAAACUAAAGCAAUUCAAGAUCGCUUUCGAUACUUAAUUGAAAACUUCUCUGUUAUGGAUCUCGAUGCCAAGUAUGUGCCAGCUAUGGAGUUUUUAAAGGCAUCAUUGAAAAUUCAUGAAACACUACCGUCAAUAUUUUAUGCACUUUCCAUCAAUCCUUUUUUUCCCUACUUUCCCCUUAUAAAUCCCAGAACAUUAUAACUUUGGUUUUGAAUUUAUUAAGUGCUCACUACGACGAUUAUGUUAUGACUUUAAAUGGUGUAUGUAUCAAGCUAAAACAGUGUUGUUACAUUUGCCAUAAUUCGCUUGAUACUGACAGGCGCAGUAACAUGUGUAAACCUAGGUAAACCUGUGUAAAAGUAUUUCGUUGCGAUCUUGACCUAGCGCUUAAAGCUGUGUUACCAGAAUUUCACGUACAUGUUGUAUGCGUAAGUCGAAGAAAAACAAGCUUAUGGUAUAAACUAACCCGAAGAACUGUACAAGCAAACUAACUUAACCCUCCCCUCUCAGUCCGCCGAUGUACCGUCAUUGGAGGAGAAAGUACGGAAGAUGAUAGACGAAGACUUAGUGGUGAGUUACUCUGACGUCCAAGCUCUUUGCUCAGUGUUUUGGUACAUACACAAGUCGACAAAAUUGGUUUGCGAUAGCUUUGAUAUAGAUGGUUACAAAAGAGGUUUUCAUUUAUGAAUUGAAACUGAAAACGUCCUAUUAAACUUGUACCCCACGACUGGCACUUGAAUGGUCAAGCUCAAGGAUUCUGGUUUAGAGCGUUUUGAGUAAGACCACCCUCAACGGCAUGAUGAACAGUACCUCAUGAAAGUACUGCUCGUUAGAUUUAAUAUGAAUUGUUACUCACUCUAUAGCCCGCGGGCAGGCCUUUAUUCUUAUAAGCGCUGCAGAACGUGCGUUUUUCCGCUCGCACGAAAAUUUCAGACGAGUCAAGGAGAGGUUUGUUGGGGUUCGAGUGUUAAUUGCGUUGCUUCACGUCCCAUAUAUUCCCGCGGGCGAAGAAAGACUCGUGCCGAAGUGUUAAUAAUGAGGGCCUAGGUACAAUUUUUUAAGUGAGAACCACCUCGGACAAGAAAAUAACAUGAAGUUGGGGCUUAGCAGCUUUCUUACGCACGAUUGCUCACACACUAGGCGUUUUAAAUCCUCAAAACAUUGGAGGCACCUUGUUUAUUGUAAUAAGCCGUAUCAUCUCAGAGAAAUAUUGUGAGACUUGCAGUUUAACAGCAUUAUAAACGGCGUGCCCUUUUCAAUUUUUAUUUUCAGUUGACCAAGGAUCAGCGCCGCGUUCUCUCAGACUCGUACAUGGCUUCAUCUGCUAGAAAGGCAAUCGAGCAAAGAUUGCUUGGAUUCCUCAGCUACAACUCCAAUCACUUGCCCAUGUAUGCCAAACCCGGCAUGGUGUGAUGUCAUUUAACUUGUCAUCGGUGUUUCCUUUUUUGUAGAUAAGCGUGGUACUAUUGGUUGAUUUCACUGCUUCAGUGUUACGCAGGUUCAUCGGAAAGUCCAAACGGUUUCGAUAAAACUGCAAGGGCUUGUGUACUGUAUAUUGUCUUCGAGUAGUAUCGAAUUGAAUGGAAAAUAAGGAAUGUAAGGAAAUAAAUUACUGUUAUGUAUAUCAUCGACGAUCGAGAAAUAAACCAAAAAAAAAAAAAAUUUAACAUCGAGUAUGUGGUGGCUUCUGUACUUCGACAGGCGAACCUCGUACCUCAAGAUGGCGGCGUUUUUACUUUGGGCUUAACUCACCUUAACUCGUAAACUUUCCUGUUUGCGGCGACAAUUUCUAGAUCUACCAUUUGUAAUAAAACCCAACUAUUCAUAUUCAUACUUCUUUUCAUUUUUAAAUACGGCGAAAAUAUACGUAUUUUCCAUUGCUUUAUGAUAUAAGUUAGUGAAAUAUUGAAUGUAAAGAUCGUUGUUAAUCAGUUCAGGUUAGGUUAAGAGCAAUUCAUUGUUUCAUCG